UGAUGAGUAAACAAGACGAAGAAUCAAAAUUACAAUUAAUAGAAUCAGCCUUUGAAUGCAAUAUUUGUUUAGAAAUAGCUACAGAACCAAUACUAACAAAUUGUGGUCAUCUAUUUUGUUGGCCUUGUAUUUAUAGUGUAUAUAGAUUAUAUUAUUUAGUGGCUUAAUUCAAAUUAAGAAUUUUUAACUUGUCCUGUUUGCAAGAAUGGUUGUUCAAAGAAUUCUUUAAUUCCUUUAUAUUCAAAAGAUGAAACCAAAACUACGUAUUUAUAAUUAAAUAAAUUAGUAAACAACGAGAUCCUAAUAUUCCUCCUAGACCUAAACCAGGUAGAAAUGAUCCUGUUAGAAAUAACAAUCAGGUUGGUUAAAAUAAUUUAGCAAAUGGAGCUAUGAUUGCAGGUUAUGGAUUAUUUCCAUCACUUUUCAAUUUAAUAUGUAUAAAAGAUGGAGAUAUAGAAAAAGAUGAAAGACAUGAGAGUAACCAAUAACUUUGAUAUAUUUUAGAUGAAGCAACUGUUGAAAUAGAAAAUGUGAGAAAACUCAAAGCUAUUUUAUUUUUGUUGAUUUUGUGCUUAAUUAUGAUGAUUGUAUUCUACUUUUGA